GUCGUCUUGGUUGCGAUUCCGGAUUCGUCCUUUCGCUUUCACUUACGGUGCACUUCGCCGGCUGUUCUCGACGGUUUCGUUAACCACUUGUUAAAUAAAUAUUUCCAACGUCUUGUGGAAAGGGAGCAAUAAUGAGCAAACUUGGGAUCAAUGGAUUUGGGCGUAUCGGCCGCCUUGUAUUGAGGGCAGCGGUUGAAAAGGGAGUCGAGGUUGUCGCUAUCAAUGACCCCUUCUUGGGAGUUGAUUAUAUGGCAUAUCUCUUCAAAUAUGACUCCACACAUGGACGCUACAAAGGAUCUGUUGAGGUUAAGGAUGACUGUCUCGUUGUUGAUGGAAAGAAGAUGCAAGUCUUCCAAGAGAAAGACCCUAAAAACAUUCCAUGGGGAAAAGCAGGUGCAACCUACGUCGUUGAGUCGACUGGUGUCUUCACAACAGUAGACAAGGCCAAAGCUCACUUGGAAGGAGGUGCCAAGAAGGUCGUCAUCUCAGCACCAUCUGCUGAUGCGCCUAUGUUUGUUGUCGGUGUCAACCUCGACAAAUACGAUCCUUCGAUGACUGUCGUCUCAAAUGCAUCUUGUACUACUAACUGCCUCGCUCCACUCGCUAAAGUUGUUCACGAUAAUUUUGGCAUUGAGGAAGGACUUAUGACAACUGUACAUGCUACAACUGCAACUCAAAAGACUGUUGAUGGUCCUUCUGGAAAAUUGUGGAGAGACGGACGUGGGGCUAGCCAAAAUAUCAUCCCCGCAGCAACUGGUGCGGCUAAAGCCGUCGGUAAAGUCAUCCCUGAACUCAAUGGAAAACUUACUGGUAUGGCAUUUAGAGUCCCUGUCGCGAACGUUUCUGUUGUUGAUCUGACUGUCAGGUUGGUCAAGGAAGCCUCUUACGAUGAUAUUAAAGCUAAGGUGAAAGCAGCAGCUGAAGGACCACUGAAAGGAGUCUUGGGUUACACCGAAGAUGAAGUCGUUUCAUCAGAUUUCUGCGGAGAUUCUCGCUCUUCCGUUUUUGAUGCUAAGGCAGGACUUCAGUUAAACAAGAAGUUCGUCAAGCUUGUAUCAUGGUACGACAAUGAAUAUGGUUACUCAUCAAGGGUAGUCGACCUUGUUAAGUUUAUGUCUUCCAAGGACAAAUGAAUUCAGGAAAAGAAACAGUUGAUGUAAUUCAGAUUAGAAAAUUUGAAAAAAGUUUUUAAAAGACUUGAAUAAUUAUUACUAAUUCAUAUAAUAACCAAUAAUAAUUCAACCACAUAAUAAUCUAUGUUUUGUAUUUUUUGAAUUGUUACAUUUAAAUACAUUUUUGAAAAAGGA